AUUGUAUUUUAUGUGUGACCUAUCUGCAAACAAAAACUGGUAAUUUCUUGGAAACUUCUUUCCUUUCGUGCACUCAUUUUCUCUUUGCAGUAAAUACAAUACACGUUCUAAUAUCGUAAAGAUCCCCGAUAACGAUCACCUAAAACGGUAACCCUCACAAAUUAUAUACUAGUAAGAAGAUUUAUGUAAUAUUCGACAUUGUAACUAUUAACUCUCACGAUCUUCCUUAUUCUGUUGCAAAAACAAGAAAAGAAAAAUGAGCGAUUUAGUAAAUGUGAAGAAAUGGCUCAAGUCGUCUCUGAAACUGUUGAAUUUCAGUGUCGGCGUAGGCGGCAUUGCUCUGAUUGUUUUCGGUAUUUCAACGGUUAGAGUCUUGCAACCGCAUCGUAAAGAUGACUCGUCUUCUCACCAUUUAUAUUUUCCAUGGUUCUUUUACGCUUUUCUUGGAGUCGGUAUUGCUUUGUGCGCAGUCACCUACUUGGGCUACAUUGCCUCACAUACUGCAAACUUUCGAUGCUUCUAUUCCUACAUAUAUAUUGUUCUUUUGCUGCUCAUACUGGAACUUGUGAUCACAACAAAAGUUUUUUCCGAUCCCAACUUGAAAAAGGAGUUACCAGCAGAACUAUCUGAGAGGUUUGACGAAUUUAACGAUUUUGUACACACCUGGAGAUGGUUUGUCGACUCUAUCUAUCUAAUACAGGGCGUUUGCGUCUUCUCAGUAGCCAUUCUGAGGACUUAUCACGAAAUUAAAGUCAAUAGCAACGUAAUCGAACAAGUGAACGAGCAACCGAGGUAUCCACUUUUAGACACAUUAUCCCAAUGGCGACUUACUGAACCUACUAGGAACCUUGUCUGAGAUCUUCUUUGCUUCAAUGUCGAUGUCGAAUCUGUACUACAUUGCUUUUUAGUAUCUGAUUAUUGAUAGUCGUUUUAAUCAACUGAGAAAGUAAUAAGUUAUCGAUGCA